AGGAAGUCAUUACUCCUUGCUCUUUGAAAGAAUUCAAAAAAAAGAAAAACAAUGGACAACUUACUAAUUAUCUUCAAGAAAAGUUACUAGAAAUCCAAGAAAUAAGAGAAGAUAAAAAAGAUAUUCCUCUUCCUGAAUUACCAAACGACUUUCCUAAUCCUUCCGAUGAAAAUAAUGACAUCCCAAAAGAAAAAUUUACUCCCAUUGGUAAAGAUUUAGAAUCCAUUAGUAGAAGUUCGUUAGAUAUAAUACUAAGAAUAGGCAGUAAAAUUAGGCAAAAUAACACUAAUAAGGAAAUAUAUGAAAAAGAAAAUCAAAGAGGGAAAAUAGUUUUUCCUGAUAAUACUCUAGACAUCGGUGAAGAAAUAGAGAAUACACAAACUAAAGAGAGGAAGAGCGAUAAAUAUAUUAAGGUAACGCUAACUGGUUCUUUAAAUCUAAAUGAUUUUGCUAAUUUAGAAGGAUUAGUUUUUUCUCCUAUUGGCUACCCUUUGUCUGACAAUAGAAUUGAUAAUUUAAUAACCGAUGAUUGUAAAAAUUUAAAAAAUGUAGAAUUUUAUUCUAAAGCACUAACAUUAACUAAUAAUCCUCGUUUGGAAGAAGUCGAUUGCAGUGAAUGUGAAUCAGCUUAUCAUUUGAUUUUGGUUAAUAAUCCUAAAUUAAAAUCACUAAGGAUUGAUAAUAGUAAAAAAGUCACUAUCGAUUUAUUAAAUUUGCCUGAAAAUUUAGAAAGAGUUUACUGUGAGGGAACAAACUUAACUGAAAAGUUAAAGGGUUAUGAUAAACAAGAAAAAAUUAAAGCAAGGGAUAAAGAUAAUAAUGUUAAGGAUAUUACGUUUACUUAUUACGACUACCGAUCUUGA